GGCGGGCCGCCGGGUCGGGGUCCUCUUCUGUAGCUCCAGCGGGGACAGCCCCGUCCCACCGGGGCCUGGAAUGGAGAAGUCGUCCCGAGCAGACUCCGGAGAGGAAGGUGGGACGCCGCCGGAAGCCGACGCCCCAGCAGCCCCCCUGGACGACCACCUGGCUCUGCUGCUCAGACUGAGAGCACAGACAAAACAACAACUCUUGGAAUAUAAGUCAAUAGUUGAUGCAAAUGAAGAAAAAACUCCAGAACAAUUCUUGCAAGAACAGCAAAUUGAAGCUAAAAUUGAAGACCUGGAAAAUGAAAUUGAAGAAGCAAAAGUUGCUUUUGAAAUAAAAAAGCUUGCAUUAGACAGGAUACAACUUUCAACAGUUCUUAAAAGAAACCUGAAAAAAUUUGACACCAACACAAGUGUGCUCCUGAAUAACCUGAAACACACAUUAGAGCUAAGUAAUUCAAUAAUGAAAUCACAGCAGGAAUCUUGGGAUUUGGAGGAAAAACUGUUGGAUGUAAGGAAGAAGAGACUGCAACUAAAACAAGCUUCAGAAAGUAAGUUUUCAGAAAUACAGGCUGAAAAGAACAAACAGAAAGAGGAUCUGGAUAGUAUGGGACAUUCAGACAAGAUAAAGGCCAUAAAACAGAACCUACAGAUGGAGAUACAUAUCACCACGGUUGUUCAGAAUGUGUUUCAGAACCUCAUUUUGGGGAGUAAAAUCAAUUGGGCAGAGGAUCCUGUCCUGAAGGAAACUGUUCUUCAGCUUGAAAAGAACCUCAGCAAGAUCUUAUAAGAAUUCUGUUUUGGACUAGAGAGAGAUCAUACGUUUUCCACAGAAUCCAGAGUCAACUAGCCUUCGUGUACAACAGGUGUGGUCCAAACCCCUUUUCCACGCAAAAAAUUCUGUUUUGUUAUUUUGACUUUGUCUUUUAUAUGUCAUUUCAAAAGAAACUUUUAAGUGAAAUGGUUUUUUCAAUGUGUUUAAAAGUAAUGUAAUGCUGCAGAAUUGAUUCUUUUUAGCUUGAGUUAGCACUGUAACAGCAAAUUGCGAUGAACUUAAUUGUUUUAAAUAUGAUCAUUAAAGUGACUGCUUGCUUUAAAAGAAUCUGAAGUUCUUUGCCUUUGAAGUGUCCUAAAGGAUGUGCCAGAGUGAUGGGACAGAAGGCAGAGUGCUUGCCUUGCACAUGGUUGACCUGAGU